AAUAUCAUUGCAAAAACCAUGUUAAGCUAGAGAAACUGCAUGUUUUUUCCCAAACAAAUCAUUAACAGCACACCAAACUUAAUUGAUGCUACAAAAAUCUUAAUAAUACACUGAUAUUACACCUGACAGCUCUACGUCUGACAUCAGUAAAAAAAAAUAAAAAAGUUAUUUUGAGUUCUUAGGUUCAGUGGUAACCUUUUGAAAUUUAAAUGUAAAACAAAAUAAUAAUAAAUAAUAAUAAUAAUAAACCAGAAAAGUUUAAUUUUCACUGAGUCUGGAUCAUCCACCAGGAACUUCGCACACAACAAAGAUCACCAUUUAAAAACAGCUGGAAUGCUGAGAGGAAAAGGUGACGAAGCAAAACCUGACUCACCUCCACCUGAGCGUCUCAGAGAUGUUACAUCACAUCAGACACACCGGAUAAGGAGCUGUUUCAAAAGUGUAAUGAAAUCCAUGCAAUUUGUCAUUGGAAUCUGAGUCAUGUGGCAGUUCUUCAACAGGUUUAGUGAGUCUGACACAGUGAGGUCAUCACAUUAAAUUUAGUAUAAAAACCCCCAUGCUCGUCCAUUUAGAACACAGCGGACAGUGGAAACAAACACUAGCCCAAAGCAAGACCUACAUCUACAACAGACAAAUCGUCUCUGGUACCAAGGUGUCCAUUUGAGAGUAUUAACCUAGUGGCAAGCUAAAAGUAAAAGAGAGAAAUGAAGGUGAAGAUGUUAGCCGUGUUGGCUCUGGUUCUUCUGGUGUCCAGUGCGAGUGAGGGACGAAUUCUCAGUAAAUGUGAGCUGAAGUCCCAACUCCAGGCUGCUCUGGGAGGAAAUCAGGGAGGAAAUGUGACUGGAGCUGUCACUAAUGGGCCUGGAAAUGUGACUACAAGUGUGCCUGUAGAUGCGACUGCAGUUGUGCCUGAAAAUGUGACUUCAAGUGUGCCUGGGAAUGUAACUGUGCCUGGAAAUGCAACUGCAAAUUUGACCCUCAUCGCCCAAAUCGUUUGUACUGUGGAGCGUGUGUCGAAGUUCAACACCGGCCUGGUCACCACCAUCCGAGAGGACUCCAGACCUCCAGUGAGACCCCCAGUGAGACCCCCUCUCAGACCACCACAACAACCCAAUGUAAGACCAGGGGGAAGACCCGGUCGUCCCGGUGGAAGACCAAGGGGAAAGAGAUCCCAUGUUGCAGCACAACUUGGGCGCCCAGCUAGACUGUCUGAUGACAGUUCCGAGAGUUCCGAGAGUUCCGAGGAGAAUUCCAGAGAAAGACCUGGUCUGACCACAAAACUGUUAGGAAUCUUCCAGCUGAGCGACCGCGUGGCCUGCGAUUCCGGAUCUGGCCAGAGUUUGAACAUCUGCCGCAUGAAAUGCAGCGCUCUGAUUGAUGAUGACAUCAGGGAUGACAUUGCAUGCCUUAAGACCCUGCUGGACAUGGCAAGCAUUGUUUCAUCCUUCGCUUCUCUGCCCCAGAAUAAGCCACGCUUUAUUCUUUCUUUGAAUGAGUGCCGCAACGUCAAUCCUGCGCAGUACUUCGCUGAGUGUCCCUGAAACAUUCAGCAUUUCUUCAGCGUACCUGGAAAAUGUUCUCAAAAUAGCCACAGUUAUGAAGCAUGUAUCUCAUACAUGCAUACGUCAGAAUGCAAAUAAAAAAUAUAUAUAAAAAAUA